AUGUCGGCUGCUCAGACUGCCAGUGAGUCGUCUGCUGAAAGCAGGGCUGAGGAGUCUCAAGUGGCAGAUAACACAGUUUUGGAUGCCAAUGGCAAUGCUCAGGACUCGACGAGUACGCCUGUUGAGGAUGGAGAGAACAGUGAUAAGCUGACAACUGCAGAAUCAGAGAUUGCUGAUGAAUUGAGGGCAAAACAGCCAGAAAAGAAAGAGGCUGAGAGUGCGGUAGUGGACAAGACUGUUGAUUCACAUGCUACAGAUGCUCCAGUUGAGAAUGCUGGAAGUGAAGUUGUCACCACUACUGAGCCAGCUGAGACGAGUGCUCCAUCUACGAGAAUUCAAGCCAGUGUUAGUAACGGCAGUGAAAGCAUUGCUAGUAAAAGCAAACCAGAAAGUGUUAAUGUUAAUAUUAACAGUGCUGGUACUUCUAAUACCAGCAACGGUGCUAGAACUGUUCCUGCUGGUGCUACCGCUGGUGGUAGUAGUGGUGCUGCUGGUAGCGGGUCGACGUGGAACUACCUUCGUAGGGCCGUUGCCAAUGUGGAAUCUACUCUCGACAAAGUGCUGCAAGAGUCCACUGAGGUCGGAGUGAGGACGUCAACUCCUCCUAGUAACUCCAGUGCCAAGUUGUCGAUGCAGGAGCGUCUGGCAAUGGCGGUUGGUCGGUCAGGUUCGGCAUCGACUUCGCCUGUAGCGAGUAGUACUACAUCAGCUCGCCCUUCUAUUGAACGUAGCUCGACCGACCGACCAAGAAAAAGUUUAGAAAGUGCCGCAUCGUCUGCAGAGGUUCCAACUGUGGCUAAUAGUAAUGUCGUCGUCGAUAAUGCAUCGAACAAUGAAUCAACUCCAUCUUUAAAAACAUUACAGCCUAGAACAACGGAGGUGGUUCCACCGUCUUUUGAAUUUUGCAUACAAAUAUCCAAGCAAUUGCUUGAUUUAGUAGAGAAGCUGUCUGAGCAGGAUGCAACUGGUGCUUCUGUCUCUGAAGUACCUGUGACAGAAGGUUCAGAUGGUACCGAAGUAGGCGCUGUUAAUUCUGCUUCUGGACAACCUAAAGCGUCUCUAACGGCUAUUAAAGAAUCUAUCAGUCAAUUGGCGAGUGAUCUCGAUAAACAAAGCACUGAGUUACAGAAAUUCAACGAGUUUCAACAGCAGAAAUACGAAGUAGUCGAGUCCAAGCUCACAUAUCUCGCAAAACAAGAGGCCGACAGAGCUAAAAAGGAAAAAUCGUCGUCUUCAGGCAUCGCUAAAACACUGGCAGAAAAAGAGGAGUAUAUUGCAUUAAUUUUAGAAGAGGCUCAAAUGCUGUCCAAGCAAGAGCUUAAGCACAUGAAUACCAUCAAAAAGCUGCGUGCCAAAGAUCGCGACUUUGACAAGACACUCGAUACUGUUAAUAAGAGAGCAGAAAAGGCAGAGAGGGAGUUGGCCGACACUAAAGCCAAGCUAAAAAAGUCACAGGAAACUGAAAGAAGACAGUCUGACAAUAUUAGAGCAUACUCUAAAAUGGAUUCAGAGCUGGCUAGUCUUCGUCGAGAUAAAGAAUCUGCGACAGCCAAAAUCAGCCAACUAGAAAAGACGAUAGAACAGCUGACCAUUGAAAAUGACGCCAAUGCAUCUCGAGCCAAGGAAGAAGCACUCAACUCCGCUAAUGCCAAACUCGAGAAGCUACAAGCAGAAUUAGACGAGACUACUGAUCAUCUGAAUCACCAACUGGAUCGUCGAAACGGCGAGAUUGAGGCAUUAAAAGUACAGGUUCAGCGAGAAAUCGAAAACGCCAAUCGACGAGAAUCGACUCUGAAGGACGAGAUCAAGAGCCUCGAAGCACGAGUCGAACACUACCGAGCUCUAAGUGAAGAUGCCAGUACCGACAGUUCGAAAGAUGUCAUUCAUACCAAUUUACUACGGCAAAUUGAAGUAUUACAAUCACAGCAUUCAGUAGCAAAUGAAAGCUGGCAUGAAAUAGAAGCAAGCCUACUAGGAAAGAUAUCAUCACUGGAGAAAGAACGAGAAGAGUUGCAGAACCAAGAAAAGUAUCUCAUCAAAAAACUCAAGACAGUGAAUGACAGUUUGAAACGGCAAACUGAAGAAACUGAAGAUACUCGCGAGAAAGUCGUUGAUUUAGAAGAGUCUCUUUCCAAGACACUGAAACAGCUCGAACAAGCAGUUGCUGAAAAGAACGAGGUCAGCCAAUCAAGACUAGACUAUGAAAAGUCUAUUGCCAUUGAAAAGGCAUCACUCCAAGAGGAGAUCAAUCAACUAAAACAAAAGCUUGAAACUGUCAAUGAGGAAUUAGCUGUUGCCACUGAAGAAGCUGCUAAUGCGUCACGACCAUUUAUCGAACCACUUGGUUCACCAACUAUCCCUGGAUAUGCCGGUGCUAACGAGAAGAAACGGUCGGUGAGCAACUCAAUUGAUAUGUUUCUUGCUGGAGGGUCACAAACCAACGCUCUUAGCUUGAGUUCACCGUCACCAUACUCUCCAUCUCCCGAUUCACAAAUGCGACGAACGUCAUCAUCCGCACGAAUGUUCGGUCCUGGAGGCGGCAGUAAUAUCAGUCGAUCUGAAUCUAUUGUCGCUGCUAAUAGCAGUGGGUUGGAUCUCGCGUCGCUGGAUGAGAUGGAUGACGAUUUCUUUGACGACAGCGCUACACAAGAUGGAGGUCCUGGCGCCAUCACAGGUGGUGGAGUGGAUAACAAUUCCAUGUAUACGACGUCUGGAGGCGGUGGAGGAGGUGGAGUAUCGUUACAAUUGGUUGGUAAAAUGAACAUGACCAUCCGCCGACUGGAAUCGGAUCUCGCCAACAGCCGACAGGAUUUAGCUAAAAUGUCCAAAGCCAAAGACGAUGCAUACCAAGAAGUGAUCCGGCUCAUGAAAGAGAACGAGGAGCUCAACACGCUUCGAACCACGACCAUCAGUCUCCAAAACCAAGUCCAAGCACUCGAAGCACGGGAGCAAACCACUCUCGAAAUGCUCGGCGAGAAAUCCGAGCUCGUCCAAGAACUGCGAGCCGACGUCGACGACCUCAAAACCAUGUACCGCCAACAAAUCGAGGAGCUAGUCGACCAAUUGCAUAAAAAGUAA